AAGUCUAGCAACAUUUUACAAAGAAUUAUAGGUAUCCGCCAUAUUGAAAGUUCUGAAGUGGAAGUGGGUCAAUCAUAAAUCUUAAUUAUCGUUGUAUCUCUAUGUCAGAUAUUAAUUAAAAGAAAAGUGUUUCAAAUAUUAUAAAAAUAAUAAACAAACUUUUAUUGGUGUCUCUUAUAUUCGACAAAGGACAUUUGGAUUUUUUUGCAAUACUUUUGACGAAUACGUCACAGCGCCAUGUUGUAUUCCUGCGCUGAUUGCAGGCACGAGAAAUCUGCCAACCCGUUUAUUUUUUGGGAUUAAAGCCCGAGAAUAAAUCGAACUGCGAUUUUGUACUCAAAUAUAUUUUAAUUUAUAUUUGUUGGCAAACGUCAAACAACUUUAGUGAAAUCGAUGCAUCCCUGUUGUCGCAUUUCGAGUGCUAACUCCUAAUUCAACUGCAGUUUUGUGCAUCCGCGAAAGUUGAAAGGACUGUGUUGUAAAAGAAAGAAGUGAUAAUUAGCCAAAAUUCCGGUCCCUACGCGCAGACGAGAAGGUGCCUACCCGCCGGGGCAGUCGGGCGAAGGAGAUAUGAACAACAAACGAAAAAAUCGCCAAGGGCCGCCGAGAUCUCCCCGAGGCCGCGUGGUGGCGGAGGGCGUGUACAACAACGCGCACUACAUGCACGCGGCGACCGCGCUCGUGGGCGACAUAGUGCAGGUGCUCACGCAGUCGGGCAACCUGUGGGAAGGCGUCUUUAAGACCUUCAGCUCUCAGUUUGAGAUUGUAUUAGAAGUGGCGCACCGCGUCGACCAAGAAGGCGUAGUAGCAGUAGACUCAGUAGUUGAGAAGUUGAUCUUCAAGCCUCAAGAUGUAGUUCUCAUCCGAGCCAAGGAUGCGGACCUGGAGUACGCCACACACGACGUGUUCCAGACUGAUAGCGCUAUAUCUAAUAAGUUUAAUGGUAACGGUCGGUCGGCAGAAGAAAGGCACUUAGAGCCGUGGGACGGGUGCGAGGUGGAGACCGGUGACACGCCCUCCCUCAACGGCGACGCGCGGCUCGACGAGCUGGAGCUCGACCAUCGCGCCAACGGCUGGGACGCCAACGACAUGUUCCGCAGAAACGAGGAAGUGUACGGCGUUCAUAGCACAUACGACCACUCGCUGGCUGGGUACACGUUGCCGCUGCAGAGGAAGGACACUCAGGAUUAUAGGGACGCAGAAGCCAAAGCUGAAGAGAUCGCCGCAGAGAUAGAGAGCACGCCGUCGUACAAGGCUCGUAUCGAGCUCGAGAACGGUGACGAGGAGGAGAGGUUCGCGGCCGUCGUGCGCCCCGCCGCCGCGCCCGACUCCGGCAAAUACGUCAUACCCAACAAGAGAAAGAAUAUGCAGACUGGUAAACUAGUAAAGCCUACGAACAAUAACGGCGGAGGCGCGUCGCCGAGCGCCGGCGGCGGUGCGAAGCCGCCGGCCUUUGCGCACGCGCCACCCAAAGACAAGGAGCACCGCCCGCCGCGACACCACCUCACACCCCCCUCCGACAGGCGACCAGAGGAACAACCGGUGCAAAGCCCAGUGUCAACAAACGCAACCCCACCGAGCGUGCCCAACCCGGGCCCGCCAAGUAACCCGGCCAACGCAGGCGCGAGCGCGGGGCCCGGGAGUGGAGCAAAGAGCUACGCGGCGCAGGCGGCGGGCUACCACGCGCCACACGCGCCGCCCUUUCCGCACCACCCGCACCCACACGCGCCGCACUCCGCACAUCCCGCACACGCGCAAGUGCCGAGUGGGAAGCUCAACGGAGAGCCCCGAGCGGCGCCGCUGCCGCGGCAGGGGUUUCCACCACACCAUCACCACAAUCCACCGCCAGGAGUGGAGCACGCGCGGCCGCCGCGACACCACGCGCCGCCGCCGGAGCCGCGCCGACAGGACGAGGUUCAGGAACUACGCAAAUUUGGGCAGGAAUUCAAAUUAGUGACGUCACCAGCGCCGUCCGCACCGCCGCAGGUUCCGCCGCCACAACCACAGCCGCAACCACAACCGCAGCCGCAGCCACCCGUUGUCUCAGUGCCGCCGCCACAACAGACGCCCGGCACGUCGAGUCCGCCCGAAGUGUCCGCGAACGUGGGCGCGCCGUCGUCGCCGCCCAAGCGCGAACGCGCGCACAAGCCGCACCCGCACGAACCCGUGCUGCCGCCCGCGCCCCUCCCUACAGCCGUGCCGCCCGCGCACCACAAGCCCCCACCAGUACCAAAGCCUGAAGAACCUCCAGUGGAAGAGCGAUCUCCCGCGUCGAGCUCCCCUCCAUCAUCAGCGUCGCCUGGAGUGGAGCGAGUCUCCGUGACCCUGAAGAAGAGCACCCUCAACCCCAACGCGAAGGAGUUCAACCCCAGCGCGAAACCCUUCACGCCUAGAAGCCCCACCACACCUAGUCACAGCAGACCUCACACGCCAGGCACGCCCGUGGGCGUAGGCGCAGGUGGCGUGGGCGUGGGAGGGAUGGGCAUGGGCGUCGGCUUGGGUGGCGUCAACGUCGUGGGCGCCGGCGUCAGCUACGUGCCCGCGCCACCGCCUCCUCCUCACAUGAUGACAGCUGUACCAUACGCGAUGUUGACAGCGGCGGCCGCGGCGGCGCAGCAGCCGCCCGCAUACCUUCCACACCCGCAUCCCAUGGAGGUGGGGUGCGAAUGCCGCGGGUACGCGCCGCCAUUCCUCGUUCUGGACAAGCGCGAGCGAGAUGCGCUUUACGGAGCGGCGAUGGGCGGCGGCGCGGCCGUGGCGGGCGGCGCGGGGCAGCACGCGCCGAUGCAGGCGCAGCCCCAGAGAAACUUCAGGAAAGAUCGCUCGUGGUCCGGCUCGGGCGUGCAAGUGGCAGCGGCGACCGGGCAGCCUCUCCUAGCGCCCGCGCCCAUGCAGCCCUUCAUGCCGUACCCGCACCCGCACCCGUACCCGCACCCGCACCCCGGACACCCCGCGCCGCAGCCCGCCAUCCAGUACCAGCAUAUGGUGCGGAUGUACCACGGCGGCGGCGUGGGCGGAGUGGGCGGCAUGGGUGUGGGGGUAGGCGGUGGCGUGGGCGGUGGCGUGGGCAGCGGCGUGGGCGAGUACGCGCCGCCCGCGCAGUCGCCCGCCGCGCCGUCCCCCGCGCUGUACCCGCCGCCCUCCCCGGCGCACACGCCGCACCCGCACCCACACCCGCAUCCGCACCCGCACCACCACUACCAGCAGCCGCCCUUCCAGGUGCUGUGCCCGCUGAUGGGGCCGGGCGGCGCGCACCACCACCACCACCACCCGCACGUGGCGUACCUCAACCACGCGCCGCCCACCGCCAGCCCGCCGCACCACCCGCACCAGGUGCAGCAGGUUCUGCUGCCGCCGCAGCACGGUGCGGGUGGCGCCAGCACGCCGGGCGUCCACGCGUCGCACCCCUAACCCGCGCGCCGCCUCCGCGCACACCCCCGGUACUGAGCCGACACCGACUCCGCGUCACGCAACACUGCAUUUAGGAUACCAUGCAAUACGCAACUACCCGCAGUUUUUGUGUACAAGUGACGUCCUAAAGCUAACGACAAAAACGCUGUUUUGUUUCCAGAAAAUAUCGGUAAAGUGCGAAUUAAUAACGAGAUCUACCCUCAAAUAAAAAAUAUUACUACUACCUUCAAAUAAUAAAAAAAAAUACAUUGGAAAUCCUUCACCUUAAAAAGCAUGUCUUACCCUCAAAUAAAAACCGAAUGAUGAAAAAGCGUAUUUAAAAAUCUAGUAUUGUUUUGGUAGGUGAUAUAAUAGAAUUUAAAAUAACUAUCGAUAAUAGUAUUUAUAAUUCAAAUGAAAAAUUAAUUACUAUUUAUACAAAGUCAUGACUACCCUCGAUUACAAAAAAAAAAUGUGCCUUUAUGCGCUCCUGAAGUAAAAGUGAAUGCACGGGAGAUUCCAUUUUUGAAAAUAAACCCUACUAAUGGUAAACUACUGUACAACCUCGAUAGAAGAUGGCGGCCUCAAAACAGCUGAUCUGUUUGACUGCCAUUUUCGAUAGAAGUGACGCUGCGUUACUUCCGUCCGAAAAAAAUCGAACUACCCUCAAGUUGCGUCAUAAAAGUUACUUAAACUUCAAAACACAUUGGAAAUCCUUCACUGUAAAAAGUAUGUUUACCGAUACCCUCAAAUAUAAAAUCGGACGAUGAAAAAAAUGUACUCCUUGUUUUGUUAGAAGACAUUAUAGAAUUAAGAAGUAAAUGAUAUCUACUCUCAAAUUAAAACAAUAUAAUUUAAAUACUGAAAUUCAUAAAUGCAGUAAAAGCAAAGUUAAUUUUCAAGUACAACAGUAAAUCCACUAUCCACUCUCAAAUCGAUAUAAAAUGAAAUUUUAUAAGGGUACAAAUUAAAACCAAUAAUUUAUAAUAUUUUUCGAAUUGAAACUACCCACCACAGUUUUUUGAACGUUAUAUUUGAACAAAGCAUUUUUAUAUGUUUUAUGAUGAAAAGAAUGAAGUUUCCUUGUUUGCAUAUAUUACCGCCAGGUGUUUGAACUUCAUGUCUUACCGACUUAUUUGUCUUACCAAGUCAUGAUGAAUCUUUUUCUCUUGUUAACCGAAUUAUCUUACCAAACUAUUCUUAGAAAUUAAAUUUAGACUAUCAAACUGGAAUAAUGAAUAGCAAAGUCAAAGAAACAAAUACGACUUUUAUAGACACAUUCAGUACAUUUUAUUUGAGGGUAGGUUAUUAAAAAAAAACCAACCUUUUACCAAAAUUUCGAUUCCAAUUCACAAGACGUUGCUUGUAAAAUAAAAAUUAGAUCUUUUACUAGCCUUCCAUAUGUCAAAAUAUUCUAAAUGCAGUCACAGACGGCGCAACGGAACAUUCUAGGUGUAUUUCAAAUGUAAAUAUUUAUAGAGAUAGAGCUAAUAUAUUGAAAACCUUUAUAUUAUAUCACAUGUAUGAAAUGAAAACCUUAAUAUUAUAUUAUAUAUAUGAAAAGUAAUAAUAUUCCACGAGUGAAGUUUAAGAAAAAACGAAACUUGGGGGCUAGUACGAAAGUUGUGACUAUAACAUUGCGAUAGUUUCAAUUGUUUUGAUUGGCUAAAAUUACGGUGUUCGUGCUACAACAACGCAUUUUAGCCAGUAGCGAGAGAGUAUCAGCCAAUCAAAAGUGAAUUGCGUCAUACUGCAAUUUUCAAACUUCGGUGCUAGGAAGACUUGCUUCAUUUUACAAUUUUGACGUUAUCCAUUAAGAGUGUAGAAAUUAUUAUAUUUACCGCUAGUGGUAAUUAAAGAGUUAUUUUCACAACAAGUAGCUUAAGACUCGGUACCCUAAGUUUCAAGUUAAAAACGUGACGACCGAGUUACUUUAAUCUGUCAAUAGUGUGGCGAUGUCAAAUCGCGUGAAUAUAAAAUAAUACUAUCAUGACUUACACUAGAAUUCAUAAUCAAGCUAGGGGUUUCUUUAAGGGGCCAUUCAGACGACAUGAUGUCAUAUUCAACCUUAAUGCAUUGCGUGAAGGUUGAAUAUGACACAUCAUCUGAUUGGUCCCCUAAAGAAGAUUUAACCUGACUCUGAAUUCCAGUCUUAAAGUUACACAGAAGCCUCAUUCCUAAAAAACACACUGCUUCUUUUAAUUUUAAUGAAAUUAAAAAAAGAAACAGAAACCCAACAACAGCCUUAAAUGUAUUAGCUCUGUCUUAAGAAUAAUAUACACUCGAAAUGUGUGUGAACAUUUGAACCGAAAGUAAUAAAAAAAUGCCUUACCGUAGUGUAUACGCGUAACGGUUAUAGGUAGAUCUUAUUUGUAAUUCCCGAGCGUUUUCUUCAAACGAAAUUAAGAUUGGCAACACCGAAUUUGUAUAUUUCCUGGCGUCACCUGUAACUACUUGAAUAUAACUACUUGGUUAUUCAAGUUAUCUCAAAAAAUAAACAUGGAGUUUUAGAAAAAACUGAUGUUUCAAAAAAGAGUGCUAAGUAGGACCAGUGUUUCACUUAGUUACGUUUACGUUUGCAAAAGUAUCAAAUUACUGUUUCUCGACCAUAGUGUCAAAAUUGUCAAAAAUAAUGUCGUACUUCAGUUAGUUUUAUUUUUUAUCCCCUUCAGGAAAGGCAAAGGUCGUAGACCAUGCAGCCUGAUUCGUAAUUCAUUUCAGAGUCUUAAAAUAAUCUAAUAGAGUACACAGGGGUUCAGAGUGAAUGCUUUUUAAUCUGUACAAAAUUUCAGUGUUGCUAGCGUUAGUUUUUGUUUAUUACCAGUGUAAAAAAUGGUCGGUUUUUUUAAGAGCGGCGGCGAUUGAUCCAUUAUGUAAGUAUAUUUGUGUGAAUGGUGUGAAGUUUGCGAGUUGUCUGUCUGUCCUUGACUCCAACGAAAGACAUUGUCAGGGAGAGAUGUGUAUUAUAGGUAGAUAAUUUUUUUCCUUGGGCUGGUUGGCGGGAUUUGUAGGUUACAAAAGAGUACCCUUUGUUUCAUACAUAAAAUGGGUUUUUAAACUUAAUGAUUAAAACUCUACGAGUGACGUGUGUACGUUUUUUCGGUCCGAAAAAAGAUUUGAGCUACUUUCAAGCCACGCCUUUUUUACUUAGUUUUACUUCAAUGAAUUAAUAAUAUUAUCUAUUAAAAGCAGUGUCUAUCCUAUUCAAAUUUUUCCUAUAAAAAAGGAUAACAUGAUUUUAUUAGUCGUGUCAGUGAAACUAAACAAUCUAUUUUUUUAUAUAAAUACGAAUAAUUAGUAACUAACAUAAAGCAUAUUAAAGUAUAAUAUGAAAUUAUUUAAUUUUCAUAUUAUACUCAACUUCUACAAAAUAAAGUUCUUGAUUGAACAUGGAUUUAAAUAUAAUAAAUAUUGAAGGUGAUCUACAAAUUUCGUCAGCCAUCUUAUUUCCUGAAACGUUACCUCAACGGUUGCGUUUGUAUUUAUUUAGCUAUACGUUAGUGUUAAAAAAGUUUCCGCGAUUCUACGCAAGAACGGUCAAUUAUGCACUGUCAAGUGAUUUCGCGAUUUAUUGUUAUCUGUGGACUUAUUUUAAACUGUGUCCUUUAUUUUAUCAUUUAUCUGUGAAGGGUUCAGUGUUGCCAGUUUAACUGAGAUUUUUUCUGACAAUUGGUAGUUUUAUUACCACGUGAUAUAUUAGUGGUUACGUGACAUUGAUGAAGUUAUAAAUAAAGGAGCAAAUAAUAAUAUUGAAUUAUGUAUCGAUUAUGUUUCACGACAAUAUUUACGAUAGUUUAAAAAAAAAGUUUAAUAAAACAGAUUUUUUUACUGUUUUUAUCAAAAGGUUACAAAAUGUCUCGUCAAUUUGCAUCGACACAGUAUAGCGUCAGAAGGAACUUUUUUAUCAAAAUAAGCUUUAUUUUAAACUACAUGCAUAUAUUUUACAUUUAGUACAUUGGAAUGUAUUUUCUGAAAAAUGUUCCAACCCAAAAUCAAUUAAAAAUUGAGAUACAAACUACGUGAUUACGGUAAAACGACUUGUCGGAUCACAAAAGAAAUAUCCAGUAUAAAUUCAGGGACU